AUGCGUAAGGACAAUGUGCUCCAACACUUGCAGACGUGCAAGAUAUUCCACUUCGCCGGCCAUGGGCAGACGGACCCGAAGGAGCCUUCACGGAGCUGUCUGCUCCUCGAGGACUGGAAAACCAACCCUCUCACAGUAGGAGACCUCCGCGACUACAGGCUCCAGGAGAACGGGCCGUUCCUUGGAUACCUCUUGGCUUGCUCGACCGGAUCCAACGAGGCUGCGAAACUUGCCGACGAGGGGAUCCAUCUUGAUGAAAAGGAGGAGAUGGAAGAGGAGGAGGACGAAGAGGAGGAGGAUGAAGAGGAGGAGGAUGAAAAGGAGGACGAAAAGGAGGAGGAUGAAAAGAAAAGGGACAGAAAGGCAAGAGAUGCAACUCUGAAGCUCUCCGGGUUGCGGGUGCAAAAGAUGGCAAACCCAUACUGGAUUCCCUACAUCCACUUUGGCGUCUAGACGCGUCAAACGCGAGGAUUCUCAUUUGUACUCAGGAAAGUCGUAGGCAAUCGUUUAUUAGGGCAAUGGCAUGCAGCACUUGUAGAGAAUUGGAAUGCCUCUCCCAGAGAACCUCUG